UUUUUUUUUUCUUCACACAUUCACUUUUGAAUCUCUCUUUAUUUUACUUCUUUCUUUUUUUUGUUUAAUCCCGAACACUCCAAGCACGGCUUGAUAUCGGGCUCCUUCAGGAACAAGCUCAGAACACAGCAAAGACAGGAAAAAGAAAAGCUCUCUCUUCUACCAUGGCUCACUAUAUGCCACUGCAGGAUUUAAACGUACCGCCAGAGCAGCGGCACGGAUACGCUAAUCCUGCAUACCCUGCAGGGCCUGGCCAUGGAGGCACAACACCUGGGCUUCAUCAUACUGUACCUGUACCCUAUCAUUCUUCAAACUUGGAGACGCCAUUCUUACCUCAUACCGCCAUUCCUAUGCCUGGACAACUGCCACAUCAAUCCACAAUCCGAUAUGGUGAAGUGCCUGAACGCCAAGAGCGCCGCUACAAGACUAAAAAGAAUGUGCAGCUCACGGAUGGAAACCUGAUUUUGGAUUGUCCGGUUCCUACACACUAUCUCCAACAUCAACGUCAGCAGAAAGGAGAAGAGUGGGAAUUUAUGAGAUACAGCGCUGUUACAUGCGAUCCUAAUGAGUUUAAAAACGAAAACUAUACCCUUCGCCCUGCAAUGUGGAAUCGUGAAACAGAAUUGUUUAUUGUAGUGACCAUGUAUAACGAAGAUGCAAAUCUAUUUGCACAAACUAUGCAUGGAAUCAUCAAAAACAUUCGCCACCUGGUAUCAAGGACAAACUCCAAGACCUGGGGUGAAGGCGCUUGGGAAAAGGUUGUAGUCUGUAUUGUCGCUGAUGGUCGCAAGAAAUGUAACGAAAAAGUUUACAACUAUUUGUCGGCAAUGGGUGUCUAUCAGGAGGGUAUUGCCAAACGUGAAGUUAAUGGAAAGGAAGUCGAAGCACAUAUCUUUGAGUAUACCACACAGGUGACAAUCGAUCCAAGCAUGAAGAUUGUCGAGUCCAAGACAAGUGAUUAUGCGCCUGUGCAGAUUAUGUUCUGUCUUAAAGAGAAAAAUGCAAAAAAACUCAACUCCCAUCGCUGGUUUUUCAAUGCAUUUGGCCCAGUCAUCAACCCGCGUGUCUGUGUUUUGUUGGAUGUGGGAACUCGACCAGGACCGACUUCAAUAUAUCAACUCUGGAAAGUAUUCGACCUUAAUUCAAAUGUGGCUGGAGCGUGUGGGGAAAUCAAGCCUGUCAAGGGUCCCGCUGCCAAGAACUUACUGAAUCCACUAGUGGCAGCUCAAAACUUUGAGUAUAAAAUGAACAACAUUCUCGACAAACCAUUAGAAUCAGUCAUUGGAUAUAUUCAGGUACUUCCUGGAGCUUUCUCAGCCUAUAGGUACAAGGCUCUCCUGGCUCCACCGGAGACUCCCAACGAAGGGCCUCUUGUCAGCUACUUUAAAGGCGAGAAACCAUCUGCAGAUUCUGGAAUCUUUGAUGCAAAUAUGUACCUUGCCGAGGAUCGAAUCCUCUGUUUUGAGUUGGUAGCCAAAGCAAACUAUGCAUGGACACUACGAUACGUUAAAUCUGCAUGGGCAGAGACCGACGUCCCCGAUACUGUUCCUGAGUUGAUUAGUCAGCGCCGUCGAUGGCUGAACGGAACAUUUUUUGUGGCAUUGUUUUCGAUUUUUCACUUUACAAAGAUUUACAGGAGUGAUCAUGCGGCCUGGAGAAAAGUUUUAUUUAAUUUGCAGCUUGUAUAUAACGUCCUGAGCAUCACAUUCAGCUGGUUUGCGAUUGCCAAUAUCUACUUAACCUUUUACAUCCUAUCCAACUCACUUACCGUGCCCGAAAACAGCCCAUUUGGUGAUAAUGGUGUAGCCAAGGGGCUGUUUGUUUUCCUAAAAUACGUCUACGAGUUCUUGGUUAUUGCUAUGUUUGUUCUGAGUAUGGGAAAUCGACCCACGGGCUCAAAAAUCUUGUAUACUGGGGCUAUGGUUUUUUUCGCUUUCUUGAUGAUUUAUAUGACCUUUUGUGCUAUCUGGCUCACAAGACUUGGAAUCCAGCGUGCGGUAGAAGCAGGGGCAACGAGUUUUUCGGCAAUGAUGGGAGAUUCGACAUUUAGGACCGUUAUUUUGUCGCUGCUAUCAACAUAUGGAUUAUAUCUCUUUAGUUCGAUCAUCUACUUUGAUCCUUGGCACAUGGUGACAAGUUUUGCGCAAUAUUUAUGUAUGAUGCCGAGCUAUGUGAACGUUCUCAAUGUUUAUGCAUUCUGUAACACACACGAUGUCAGCUGGGGAACCAAGGGUGAUACAAUUGAAAAGAUGGAUCUUGGAGUGGUCAAGGCUUCAUCGGAUGCCAAGACUGCAGAGGUGACAGUAGCGGUUCCAGUUGAGGAGAAGGAUAUCAAUGAAAAUUAUCAACUCGCAUUGGAUUCCCUUCUUGAGCGAGUAGAAGAGGCACCACAGAAGCGUGAUGCGAAGACUAAACAGGAGGACUACUACAAGGCAUUCCGUACCAGGCUGGUGGUACUGUGGUGCGCUACAAACGCUAUUUUAGCAGGGGCGAUCACGUAUGGAGGAGAUGAGAGGUCGGAAGGAUAUGAUGCACGAUCCAAGAUUUACCUUGGAUUUGUGCUGUGGUCAGUAGCUUUCUUAUCAGCAUUCAGGUUCGUUGGGUGUGUAGUUUACAUUGUCUUGCGACUGAUCUCUGGCGAACUACGUUGGUGAUUAAUUGAGAUAAAAAAAAUAAAAAUAAAAAAAAAGCGGGCGUUUCACUUCACUGUCCAUCAUUCAUUAACACAAGAACACAGGAACACAAGACACAAUUAGCAUAAUUUUAAAAGGAGUGUUGUGACGUG